AUGCAACACCAACAAAUCCAAAAAAUUUCUGAUCCUACUCUUGAUAUUACAUUACAUUCAUAUUAUUCUGAUGAGAAUGUUAAAAAUAAUGAAUCAGAUAUGCCUAAAGAACAAACUUACAAUUUUGAGAAUGCUGCUUCAGAGAUUUUAAGACUAUCUAAAUUGGAUGAAACUUUAAAUGAAAUUCUAGAUGAAGAGCAUGAAAAUGAUAUUAGAGAAGAUAAUGAAGAAAGUGAAACAAAUGAGUAUGAUAAUGAAC